UGGGCGAUUCGAGGAUAAUCCGGAGCGAUCGGAGCGUGCGGCACCUUGUGCCCGUGGAGAAAUUUCGUCCCUUUCGCAGUCGGGUCGCGCUCCCGCGACCCAAAACAUUAGCAGAGGUGGCGUGGGGCACAGCCGUGAUGGAAUUGCAGAGCUGGUUGCUCUAUCAUUUAGUGACCGUCACCGACUGUAAUCAAGUGAUGCAGUCGGCGAACGCAAUCGGAAACGGCGGUGGUGGAUCGUAUACAACCGGAAGCGGAAGUCGCACUCGCGAUUUAGGACUGCGCGCCCAGAAGAAGCUUCUGGGUCGCAUCGUGUCCACCGGUGCCGGCCGGUCGCUCUUCAUCGACGACGCCACCACGUCGUUGCUGGAUAAUCUCUACAAGCUGAUGGAGAGCGUCACCAAGAGCAACCCGCACUUGGACAAGAAGGAACCCGAGAAGGUCCUCAAGAACAUCGUCAAAUUGUCCAUUAAGAUCGGACUCGUGCAACGCAGUCAUCAAUUCCGUCCGAACGACGCCGUGAAGCUGGACGAGCUUCGGGAAGCUCUGGGCACGGUGGCGAUGACGGUGGUGUCCUUCUACGAAGUCGACUACAGUUACGACCAGGAGUACCUGAUAGGCUCGUUGGAACGUUGCCGGUCGAUGGUGCAAGAACUGAUAAAGCCGCAUCUCACGGACAAGUCGUCACAACGUUGCGACCAGGUAUUCGACUUCCUGGUGUACCCGAAAUUCUUGGACUCGGUAUUCCGGUACGACUCCGAGCACAGACCCGUCCUCGGCAUGCUAGUCAGUGAUCUCAACAAGGCGUUGGACGCCAGGCGGCUUUGAUUCUUCAAAGACGAAGUUGCACGAUUUUGAAGCGAAUGCGGACGACCGACAGGAAGCUGAUCAUCUUCCUCGGCAGCAACAAAACUUUCACAAAAUUGUGAUCGAUGAUGGAUUCAUCGACGAAGGAGGAGACGCGGAUACGUUGAUACACGCACGUUGUUUCACAACAAACGGACAACAAUUGUUGUAUACUUUCAGUAUGUAACGACAGCAUAGUUUCUUGUAGCGAUAGAUUACAUAAAAUGUGUUUCUUGCUCGCGACACGUCAUUCUCACUAAUUAGAGUAGCCGGCUCGAGUUACUCGGCGCGGACCACCCGCUCACUGAUUUAUGCAAUAAUUGUCUAAUAUUCCGCUUAUAUUUUAAGGGUACAGUCACAUUUGCGUAUGAUGAGGUAUGAUAUACAUAAUAUUUAUGUGCAGGAUAAAAUCGGCAAUCCAUACCAAAAAAAGAAUUAUAAUUAGCUUAGUGAGUAAGGAAAUAGAAGUGAUAUUGUCGCACAUUUUUCUCUAAAAUUGAAUGCUAACGCGAUUCAACAUUACUUCUGUUUAUCUUCAUUUCGUUAAUUAUACAGAUGAAAAGAUCAUAGUGUUUUUUAUCUAGCUUAAUUAAAAUGUCUUAGAAUGCAAAAUUUUAUUAUAUAUCUUUAUUUUUUAUCUCUCAGUUAUACAUUAAUUAUUACGAAUGAAGUUACCGUUAUUUUAGAUUCAUCGAUUCUGUCGUAAUCUGAUUUAGCAAAUUCUACUUGUGAUGAAACUAUAUGUAAUAUACGAAUACAGCGUUACAAUUAUUGGAGAAAUAGUGACGCGACGAAAAAUUUAUUAGAAUUGAACUCGAAGUAGAUCCCAGUUUGCGAUUUUGUUAAGCUAUUCUCUGUCGCGAACUUAAGAAUCCUGUUGCAGAAAGUUUGCAUUCACCGCGUAUCACGACUGUGUUGUAAUAUGAUGGAUCUUAAUGAUUAAGCAAUGUUUUUUUGCGAAAUUUACCAAAUCCAUUGAUUGAUCAAUCGCUCGAUCAAGCGUCGACGUGCACUUGUAAAGUACAUCUCUUCCUCUCUUCUAUUUAAAUCUUGUAUCAACGAUAGUACUGUCGCGUGUUGUAAUGGAUUGCGUGUGAAUAACGGAUUACCUUUUGCGAGUUGAAAGAGAACGAGAUAAACACGCGACACUGGUAUCCUUUACGUAAUCUCUCAUUCCUACGAUUUCACGUUUAGAGAAUUUUACUGCUGAUGGAACGAGAUCGAUACUCUUAAAAAAUAGCGUUAUAUAUAUUUAAUUAUUUAAUAUAUAUAUUUUAAAGAGUUAUAGUUUUAUAUAAUGUUAAAAGAUGCUAAAAGCCGCGUGAGCUCUUUUGGAUUAUAUUUUAUAAAUAAGUUAGAUUGCAUCGCGCGCUGCAUAUAUAGGUUUUUCAAUUUUUAUUCCAACUUUUUCAUUUUUUUUUUUUUUUCAAAAUGUUAUAUUUCUCUUUGUAUACCCGAUAUAGUAGAAAGCUAAAAUAUGUAAAAACGAGUUGCGAAAGUUAGUUGCGGUCGACAUAGUUUGCUAUUAAACGCUUUGUACGUGCGUAUUUGUUACAAAACACUCGACUAAAGAAACAACUCCCACAUAUCCUAUUUGACUCGUGAUCUUGAAGAAUAUAUUAGCGUAGAAUAUAUCGUAAAAAAAAUAUAGAGGAUUUUAUCGACCUUUUUGCGCCUUUUGUACGUGGUAUACACCCACUUUACACGUUAUUUGUGAUGAUUGUCAAUAUUAAAAAAAUGUAUGGAUACUAUGUCAUUAAUACAUUAUUAACAAACAU